ACCAGCUGCAGCUCUGACAUUGUGCCAGGGAGCGGGCACCCUAUGGGGGGCAUGGGGCAUCAUCUCAGGCCAUAAGGGGCCAAACAUUGUGCCAACUAUGGGCAUCUCCUAGGGAGCAGGAAUGAGCCCAGAGACUGGCAAAGUCAUGCCACAAUGCUGGUGAAGGCGGCGCUGUGCUUCUACAUAUUGGUGCCCCUUGUGUGCCCACUGCAGGAGGAUCUGCUUGAUACCACUCAGGAGACUUCAGAGAUUGGCUGGACAUCUUACCCACAGGGCGGGUGGGAUGAAGUGAGUGUUCUGGACGGGCAGCGCCGCCUCCUGCGCACCUAUGAGGUCUGUAACCCCUACGCCCAGCAGCCCAAUCAGAGCAACUGGCUGCGCACUGGGUACAUAGAAAGCCGAGGUGCCCGGCGGGUAUACGUCAAGCUGCGGUUCUCUGUGCGGGAUUGCGCCACGUUAAAGCCUCCCCCAAAAAGAAACCACCUGGUUUGUCGGGAAACAUUCACCUUUUACUACCGACAGGCCGGGGGCCCUACAGAAGCCGACAAGUGGGAAUGGGCAGAAGAAAAGUGGGUGAAGGUGGACACCAUAGGGCCAGGCAAGAGCUUCACAAGGGACCUGGGGAAGGGGGUGCAGGGACCCCACAUGGAUGAACGAAUCCUAGACUUUGGGCCAAUCAACAGGAAAGGGUUUUACUUGGCCUUUGUGGACUCUGGGGCCUGCCUUUCAUUGGCUGGGGUGAAAGUCUAUUUCUAUAAGUGCCCUUUUACAGUCAAGGGGCUGGCAUCUUUCCUCGAGACCCCCUCUAGUGGGGAAGGCGGAGCAUCACUAUCGGAAGCCAUAGGGACCUGUGUGAGUGGGGCCCAACCAAUUGGAACAGCUCGACUCAGUCUGCACUGUGGGGGGGAGGGAGAGUGGAUGGUCUCCAGUGGGAGCUGCGUGUGUGACCCCGGGAGAGCCGAGAGCGAGGAUGGCACCAAAUGCCCAGCCUGCCCCCCGGGCACGUACAGGCCCCCGGACUCACCAAUCAGCCGCUGCCUUCCCUGCCCCAGUAACAGCAACACAAUUACCUCAGGGGCCCUGGGCUGUGUGUGCGACAAGGGGUAUUACCGCACCCCCGAGGAGAACCCACAAUCCCCCUGUACUGGACCUCCCUCUGCGCCGUGGGAUUUGAAUUACGAGGUGACAGGCCCCGGGGCAGUUUCGGCCAGCUGGAGGGCCCCUAAGGACCUGGGGGGGCGCCCGGAGGUGCUGUACUCAGUGGCCUGUAAGGAGUGUAUGGGGGGGCGCUGCCUGCGCUGCGGAGAGGGAGUCACCUUCAGACCCAGCCAAGUGGGGCUCAUUCACACCAGGGUGCACCUAUCGGGGCUGCUACCAGGGGUGCCCUAUACCCUCGAGGUGCAGGCAGUCAACCAAGUGUCCGAGCUGAGCCCCGAGCAACCCAAGCACUCCUCCCUCAACCUCAGCAUCAGCCAAUCAGUUCCCUCCGCAGUUCCCAUCAUGCACCAGUUGCACCGAUCCAAACAGAGCAUCACCCUGACGUGGCCGGAACCGGAGCAGCCCAACGGCAAAAUCCUGGACUAUCAGCUCUGCUACCGGGAGAAGGGUGACGAGGGCGAGUCCCUUUAUCUGAUCAGUGAAACCAACACGGCGACCAUUGGGGGCCUCAACCCCGGAGCCAUUUAUUCCUUCCAGGUCAGAGGUCGGAGCGAGGGGGGCUACGGGGCCUUCAGCGGCAGCAUGUACUUCCAGACACUGCUUGGGGGUUCUGAGCAGGCAGAGCACCAAGUGGACAAACUGCCCCUGAUCGUGGGUUCCUGCCUUGGCGCCUUGGCAUUUAUUGGCAUCUCAGUUAUUCUCUUCCUAAUUCUGCUCUAUAAAAGUAAGAGACGGGAGACCCCAUAUACGGACCGGCUGCAGCAUUACAUCACCUCUCGGGGUUUAGGGGUGAAAUACUACAUCGACCCCUCCACCUACGAGGACCCCGCAGAGGCCGUACAUGAGUUUGCCCGUGAGAUCGAUGUGACGUUUGUGAAGAUUGAAGAGGUGAUUGGCUCAGGAGAUUUCGGGGAGGUGUGUCGGGGUCGCCUCUGCCUCCCAAGCAAACGAGAGGUCGCCGUGUGUAUUCGGACCCUGCGCACUGGGAGUGGUGAGAAGGAGCGGGCGGAGUUCCUGAGUGAGGCGGGCAUCAUGGGGCAAUUCGACCACCCCAAUGUGGUGCAUCUGGAGGGGGCGGUGACGCGCAGCCGGCCAAUCAUGAUUCUCACAGAACACAUGGAGAAUGGGGCGCUGGAUGCCUUCCUGAGGCAGUGCGAGGGGGGCUUCUCCACCCUACAGAUGGUCUCCAUGCUGCGCGGCGUUGCCGCGGGGAUGCGCUACCUGUCCGACAGGAGCUACAACCACCGCAAUCUGACGGCCCACAAUGUCCUGGUCAAUGGGCAACUGGUGUGCAAAGUGUCCGGCCUGCGCCCCCCAGAACAGGGUGCCAGGCAGUCCCUACGUUGGGCCGCCCCAGAGGUUCUGCAGCUGCACAAGUUCUCCAGUGCCAGCGACGUGUGGAGUUACGGCAUCGUCAUGUGGGAGGUGACUUCCUACGGGGAGCGGCCAUAUUGGGAUAUGAGCAAUCAGGAGGUUCUGGAGGCUCUAGAGCAAGACUACCGACUGCCCCCCCCGCCCGACUGCCCCAGUGCCCUCCACUUGCUUAUGUUGGACUGCUGGCAGCGAGAGCGCGCCCAGAGGCCCCGCUUUGAGCAGAUUGUCAGCUCUUUGGACCGAAUGAUAAGAAACCCAAACUGCUUAAAAUCUGUGGGCGUCUCAUCCAGUAGACCCUCACAGCCGCUCCUCAGUAACUGCCCCCCAGAUCUGCCCUCACUCUCCUCCCCCCACGAAUGGUUGGAGGCCAUCAAGAUGCAGAGGUACAAGGAGAACUUUGACCAGGCCGGAUACACCACGCUGGAGGCAAUUUCCCGGCUCACAGCAGAGGAUAUCCGGAUUAUCGGGGUGACCCUCUCGGGGCACCAGAAGAAGAUCCUGGGCAGUAUUCAGCUGCUGAAAGCUCAUCUCCAGCCGUUAGAGCCCCUGGAGGUCUGAGGAGCAGAAACCUCCAUUAUCCAACUGGCACAGACCAACUCGCCAACGUGGCACAGACAGAACCCGAGGGGCACUCACAGCCUAUGCACGAGGUGGCAGAGACACAAUACAGCUCAUAGGGAAAUAAAUGGGCACAGUCCAGAGCAAAGCUUCCUGGCACUGACUGGCAGGGAUCCCCCCACUGGCACAUACCCAGAGUGGCACCCAGAGUGGCACAGAGAGACAUUCACUGCGAGACCAUAGCAUACUCACUGGCACAUAGAGGCAACAUAUAGACACGCUGGCACGAAUCAGGGAAUGCCAACUGGCACAUCCACAGACUGGCAGAGAACAAUAAACAUUGGCAAAUGCAAUGGGAGCCACACUUACUGGCAGGCACUUACUGGCUGGCAUGGAGAGGCUGUGGUGCACUCAUUGGUACCUACUCUGGUGCUACACAGACUGGGCACAGUUACUGGCAUGUACAUUGGGUGACAGACUGGCAGGACACAUUUAUUAGCACACCAGGUGGCACCCAGGCUUCUAUAGGUAGAGAAUGGCACAUUCACUUACGAUGGGUAAUAGAUUGGCACCAAGAGACAAUAGCACAGUCAUACAUGGGCUGAUACACAGACUGGCACAGAGCUACCAUGGUACAGACUGGCAGAGAGGCAGAAUGAUACAGACUGGCAGAGAGGCAGAAUGAUACAGACUGGCAGAGAGCUAGAAUGAUACAGACUGGCAGAGAGGCAGAAUGAUACAGACUGGCAGAGAGCUAGAAUGAUACAGACUGGCAGAGAGCUAGAAUGAUACAGACUGGCAGAGAGGCAGAAUGAUACAGACUGGCAGAGAGGCAGAAUGAUACAGACUGGCAGAGAGGCAGAAUGAUACAGACUGGCAGAGAGGCAGAAUGAUACAGACUGGCGGAUGAUACAGACUGGCAGAGAGCUAGAAUGAUACAGACUGGCAGAGAGCUAGAAUGAUACAGACUGGCAGAGAGCUAGAAUGAUACAGACUGGCAGAGAGGCAGAAUGAUACAGACUGGCAGAGAGGCAGAAUGAUACAGACUGGCAGAGAGGCAGAAUGAUACAGACUGGCAGAGAGGCAGAAUGAUACAGACUGGCAGAGAGGCAGAAUGAUACAGACUGGCAGAGAGGCAGAAUGAUACAGACUGGCAGAGAGGCAGA